GUAUCUACCGGUUCCGGCACCCUCUCCCGCUUGGUGCACCUGCACAUCGUCGUUCCGGAGGCUUUCAUUCUCGGCGCAGAGGAAUACCACGUGGACGCAGGCUCCACUAUUAACCUCGUCUGCAUAAUUGAAAAGAGCCCCGCGCCGCCGCAGUACGUGUUCUGGUACCACAACGCGCGCAUGAUCAACUACGACGCGGCGCGCGGCGUGAGCGUGGCCACGGCGCCCGGCGCGCGCACCCAGAGCGCGCUGCGCAUCCGCGGCGCUUCCACCGCCCACUCGGGCAACUACUCCUGCCGCGCCCCCAACACCGACCCCGCGCACAUCUACGUCUACGUCUCCGAGGGCAGCGACAAAAUGGCGGCCACUCUGAGCCGCGACGCGAGUGCAGCACGGGCGCCCUCCGCCCUUCUCGUGCUCGGCACACUGCUUUUGAAAAUACGACACCCCAAG